UUUCCGAGCUGGCUCUGCAUGACAAAGGGGAAGGAGCAAGUUUCUUCUUUGAUCUGCCCCUUGCCGGCCCCACACACCUGCCUGUUGGUUCCCCCGCUCCAGCUGAGACUUCUAGAAGGAAAAUCAAAAGGGGGUGGGGGAAAGGCUGUGUCCCAGCUCUCCUGGAUCCUGCUCGGGGCACCUUCGUCUCCUGGUGGCCCCAGGACAAAAAUACUUCCUGGGCCGAUGGCCCGAAGCACCUGCCGCCCCCUCCCGGAGAGCCUGGGGACGUCGACGCGCAGGAGCGGCGCAGUGAGCCGGGGCUGCGCUCGCCAGGGAGCCCUACUCUGGAAGCUGUCAGUCCCAGGGCACUGGGGAGGGCUGAGGCCGACCAUGCCCAGCCUGCUGCUGCUGUUCACGGCUGCUCUGCUGUCCAGCUGGGUUCAGCUUCUGACAGACGCCAACUCCUGGUGGUCAUUAGCUCUGAACCCGGUGCAAAGACCCGAGAUGUUUAUCAUCGGUGCCCAGCCUGUGUGCAGUCAGCUUCCUGGGCUCUCCCCUGGCCAGAGGAAGCUGUGCCAACUGUACCAGGAGCACAUGGCCUACAUAGGGGAGGGAGCCAAGACAGGCAUCAAGGAAUGCCAGCACCAGUUCCGGCAGCGGCGGUGGAACUGCAGCACGGUGGACAACGUGUCUGUCUUUGGGAGAGUCAUGCAGAUAGGUAGCCGUGAGACCGCCUUCACCUACGCAGUGAGCGCCGCAGGUGUGGUCAACGCCAUCAGCCGGGCCUGCCGCGAGGGCGAACUCUCCACCUGCGGCUGCAGCCGGACCGCGCGGCCCAAGGACCUGCCCCGGGACUGGCUGUGGGGUGGCUGUGGGGACAAUGUGGAGUACGGCUACCGCUUCGCCAAGGAGUUUGUGGAUGCCCGGGAGCGAGAGAAGAACUUUGCCAAAGGAUCGGAGGAGCAGGGCCGGGUGCUCAUGAACCUCCAGAACAACGAGGCGGGUCGCAGGGCUGUGUAUAAGAUGGCAGAUGUAGCCUGCAAAUGCCACGGCGUCUCGGGGUCCUGCAGCCUCAAGACCUGCUGGCUACAGCUGGCCGAGUUCCGCAAGGUGGGGGACCGGCUGAAGGAGAAGUACGACAGUGCGGCCGCCAUGCGCGUCACCCGCAAGGGCCGGCUGGAGCUGGUCAACAGCCGCUUCACCCAGCCCACCCCGGAGGACCUGGUCUACGUGGACCCCAGCCCUGACUACUGCCUGCGCAACGAGAGCACAGGCUCCCUGGGCACGCAGGGUCGCCUCUGCAACAAGACCUCGGAGGGCAUGGAUGGCUGUGAGCUCAUGUGCUGCGGGCGUGGCUACAACCAGUUCAAAAGCGUGCAGGUGGAGCGCUGCCACUGCAAGUUCCACUGGUGCUGCUUCGUCAAGUGCAAGAAGUGCACCGAGAUCGUGGACCAGUACAUCUGUAAAUAGCCCGGGGGGCCUGCUCCUGGCCCCUCUGCACUCUGCCUCACAAAAGUCUAUAUUAUAUAAAUCUAUAUAAAUCUAUUUUAUAUUUGUAUAAAUAAAUGGAUGGAUGCUAAAUAAUGAAAAGAUGAAAAUGGAAAGGAAAAGCUUAUUUAAGAGACGCUGGAGAUCUUUGAGGAGUGGACUUUGCUGGCUCUCUCCUCCUGGUGGGUGGGAAACGGGGCUUUUUCUCUCCCUCUGGCGAGGACUCUCAGGAUGUAGGGACUUGGAAAUAUUUUCUGUCUGUCCACCAUGGCCUGGAGGAGGGAGGUUGUGGUUGGAUGGAGGAGACGAGCUUGUCUGGAAGUCUGGAGUCUUUGUUGGUUAGAUGACUGCCUGUGACCCUGGCCACUAGGCCAAGAGGCCCUAUGAAGGUGGCGGGAACUCAGCUUCAACCUCGAUGUCUUCAGGGUCUUGCCCAGAAUGUAGAUCGGUUCCCUAAGAGGCCUGGUGCUCUCUUACUCUUUCAUUCCCGUGCAUAUGUGCAGCAUCUACAGUUUACAGGAACGGCUCCUUCCCUAAAAUGAGGAGAAGUCCAAGGUCAUCUCAGGCCCAGUGACCACAAAGAGCUCUGCACCUCCCGGACUUUGGGCCUGCCUUUCCAGUGAGAAUUCUUCAUCCUCCACCGUUCACUAGCUCCUGCCUGAAGAGGAAUGGGGGCCGUUUGACCUGACAUGUCAGGAAAGCCCUGAACCAAAUGUUUGUGCCUGGGCUGCAGAAGCCUGGGUGCGUGACCGGGCUGCGUGGACAUCAUGUUGUCUUCCCCCCACAGGAGGGGAAGCUUGAGCUGCUGCUGUCACUCCUCCACCGAGGGAGGCCUCACAAACCACAGGACACGGCGACAGGUCAGGCUGGCGGGCCCGGCGUGCUCAUCAUCUCUGUCCCAGGUGUACAGUUUCUCGCUGACAUUAAAUGCCCUUCGUGGAG